AUGCCUAUUUGGAUAGAUUGGAAUGAUUAUAUUGGAAUUAUUCUAAAAUUUAUGAUAAUAGCAAUGCCGUUUAUAGUAUAAGGUUGUCCCUUUACAGAUUAUGAAUAGAGUUUACUAAGUAAGAAAUAUCAACUAGAAAUUACGUCUGUUGAAAUAAUAAAUUCCUCACAAUCGUUUGCUUUUUGGAGUUUCUGUAUUCCAUCUUGGGAUGUGGACUCAUAUCCAUAGAUAGAAUAAAGGCUGUUUUAUGAUUAUAGAAAUUAGUAACUUCUGUUUUUAAUGAAAUCGGAAGAUGAUCAAUCUUUAAUAAUGUUUAUGUAUGUUGAUUUUACAGCAGGAAAUUAAAAGGGAGUAAUUCAUCGACUUCACAUCACAACUGGAGAUUUAGAAAAUAUAUAUGAGUAUGCUUUUGAUUCUAAAAUUUAUGAAGGAACAUGGAUAUUAAGUAUGAUAACUAUUCAAUAAUAAUAAAUCAUAUUUUAAACUUCAGAAUCUGCUGAUUAUUACGAGAUAUAGAAUGAAAUGCCAUAAUCAAAUAAAAUUACUUUUAUCAUUGGAGGUACUGGAAUUGUAAUUUAAUUAUUUAUGAUAAUAGGUUCAUCAACAAUAUUAGCUAGGAAUAUUUAGAGGAAGAUUAUCAACUCUUAUAAAAUAUAAUGAUCAAUUAAAUCAAAAUUUUGAAUGGGUAUAAUAAAAUUGUUAUGUACCUGUUCUACUAUAAGGAGAAUAAACAAUAUAUUUGAUAGAGGAUAUUUAAAUUUUUGAAGGAAAUAAUUAAAUCAUAAAGGAAAUAGAUUAGGUAGGUAAAAAAUUUUAUUUUUCUGGUUGGGUUAAAUAUGAUUUUACAGAGGCUAGUUUCACUACAACUUAUUUGUUACUCAGACUCACAAUUUUUAAAAAUUAUGGUGAUGAACUUAGAUUAGGUGAUGAAUUGGCUAAAAUCACAGUUAAUUUAGACAUUUCACAACCUAAAAAUUGUGGUUAUGAUGUAAUAUCACACUUGUAUUCUACUCCAUUAUUAGGUUCUGUAAAUUAAAAUUAAUAGGAGAGGCUUACAUUUAGAGAUGAUGGGUAAUAUUAUUACCAAUAAUUACAGUAAUGGCAUAUGGUAUAAUUUACUUAUGAAUAACAUAAUGGGCCUACAGUUUCUUUUAAUUUUGUUUCUUCGAAUAAUAUAAUAAUUGAGAAGUUUCCUGAUGAAAAUGCUUAAGGUUUAUUUAUAAACACUAGAUAUUAUGCUAUUAUAGGGAGUGAUCGCACAACAUUAAAAAAGCUUAGAGGUUAAUUGGCAAAUUUAAUAUUUAGAUUUAAUUAUUAAUCAAAUACUCAAAUAAAUUUAAGUAUUAUAAUAAUAUAUAAAUAAUUAAGUAGGUUGUCAUUACACAUGCAAUACUUGCAAUGGUCCAUUAUUAACAAAUUGUUUAAAAUGUUAUGGUCAAUAAAAUAGAAUAUACUCAGAAGACUUGAAAACAUGUUCAUGUCAAUAAGGUUACAUUGAAGAAUUAGGAGAAUGUAAAUCAUUCACUGAAAUAUAUCCUUUGAUUUCAUUCUUAAAUGUUAUUAUACAUCAGAAUAUGUAUAUAUGCGAACCUGGGUACUUCCUCUUGCCUACUAUCUAAUAAUGUAUUAAAUGGUAUGAUUUUAUAUAUACAAUAUCUAUAGUCCUUAACAAAAUUAGGUACAUAUAUUAUGUGCUGAUUGUUUAAUUAAUCCAAGUACUUGGUUCUUAAAGCCAGUUUGUAAGAUGGACUAUAUAGUUGAUGGUGAAUCUGGAAAGCCUGCUUAUAGACUAUAAGAAAGAUUAUCCAUAUAUUACGAUGUUUAUUUUAUUGAUUUCACUUCUAAUUUGGUGUUGAUUGGAGGAGCUGAAAAUUAUUGUAACACUGAAUAUGAUUAUCCUAAUUGCUUUAAAAUUGAAGAAUAAACCCAUUUGUUUCAACCUUUUUAUAUUUUUUGUAAGUAGGAUCAUUAUUAAUAGAAUAAAAAAUGUUUAUAGUCCAUAUAAAAUUGUAUUAAAUCAGAUUAUGAAUCUUAUAAUUGCUUAUAAUGUGAUGUAGGAUAUUAUUUAUUUGAAAAUCGAUGUUUACUUUGUUCAAAUUUUUGUAUGAAAUGUAAUAUAAACAAUGGAAUUUUGGAGUGUCUUUAAUGUCCUGAUGGAUAUGAAAUUUAAGGUGGAGAUUGUUUAAAAUGUGGCUUAAAUUGUAAGACAUGUAAAUUGUAAUAGAUUAAGGAUUCUAAUUUUAAGAUUAUGUAAUGUUUGAAAUGCAUACAUGAUUAAAAAUAUUAUAUUUCUUUAAAUGGUGAAGACUGUUUUGAAAAUCCAAUAAAAAAUUGUCUUUAUGCUUUUGAAGUGUCAAGAUAUUAAAAAAAAAUAAAUUCAUUAGAUUAUUAAUUUACUCCAUAUUUUGAUAAUACUUAUGUAAUAUGUGGAUAAUGUUAACAAUAAUAUGCUUUUAAUGAAGAAACUAAUCUAUGCUAACUAUAAAAAUCAUCUGAUUGUUAUUAUAGUUAUUUAUCUGCAAUCACAUAAUUCGAAGAAGUAUGUUUGUUUGGACCUAAGAUAAAAUCAUAUAGAGAUCCUGUUUCAUUUAUUACAGAAAGUUCUUGUCUUAAUUAUAAUUGCCACAUUUGUAUAAUUGGAUAGAUUAAUAUUAAAGUAUCAUACUUAUGUCUUGAAUGCAAUAAUGGAUAUUAUGCAGAAAUAUUAACUGGUUUAUGUGUACCUUGCCCUUAAACAUUAAAAUGUUAAGUUUGUUAUUAAUAGAAUAAAAUAUCAAAAGAUAAAUGGAAGAAUUAAGUUCGUGCUUAUUAUAGAUAAGUAAUAGAUGAUGAUUUACAAUCACAUUCUUUUAUUGAUUAUGGUCUUAGUUAAAAUCCUAAUGAUUAUGAAAUUAUCUGUCAAUUUUGUUUAUAAGGAUAUGAAAUUCAUAACGAUAAAUGUAUAUAAGUGUGUUCAGAUACUUGUUUAAAAUGUAAAAUAAUUAAUGAUGAAAAUAUCUGUAUUGAAUGUCCAUCAAUUCAAGGAAAAAGAAGUUUAAGUUUACAUAAUAAUUAAUGUAUAUAAUGUUCUAGAAAUUGUGUAUUUUGUCGUUAAAGAGAAGAGGAUGAAAUCAAAUUAAUUAAUCCGAUAUUUAAUAAUCAAGAAUUUAAUUAUUAUUCAAAUUAGUGUUUAUAAAGAUAAAAAGGAUAUUUUGAUAAAGAUUUAAAAAUGUAUGUAGAUUGUCCUUUUUGGGAUUGUAUGAAAGAAAUAUAGAUUAAUUUAUACUUGCAUUGUUCUCAAGAAUAAUAUUACUAGUAAAUUUAAUCUUUAGAGAGAGAAGAAGAUGUUAGAAGUUAUAAACAAUCAAAUUUAUUAUUAGAUGAUUUAUUUUCAACAUCAAGUUUUCAAGAAGUAGAGUUUGUAUAUAAUUUUAGUUUGAAACACCAGAAUUUUAUUAGAUGGCCAAUGAAUAAGUAAUCAAAUCAAUUAUCAUUCGAAUUUUCAGUUUUGAAUCACAAACUUGCAUUAUUUAUAAUAAUAAGAGUAUUAAAUAAAAAUUUAGUUAAAACAUUUUCUCAGCCAUGUAUGUUAUUUAUUUAAAAUAGAAAUAUCUAACUUGAACUUUAUGGAAAUGGAAAUACAGUUUUUUUAUAUGAUAAGAUAAUAUCUAUUGUAAAUUUUAAGAAAGUCCAUAUUGAAGGUAUAAUAUUAUCACCAUUAUCUGUACAUAACCUUAAAUAAUUAUUUUUUCAUAGUGUUUUUGAAUAAACAGUAUAAUUAAUGGAUAUUCGUUAUGAGAGUAAUCUGAUAUAAGAUUAAUCAUAAAUUCUAAUAUGGAAUUCUACUAAUAUUCAUAUUGAUACAUUCUUCACUUAAAAUCUCAAUUUAACUGAUAUCUUUGCAUUUAUUAUAAUUGAGUAAAUAAAAAUGGUCUAAACUAUUCAUAUUUCAAACAUUAAGAUUAUAGAUUGUUACUUUAAAAGUCUUAGUGUAUUUUACCUUAAUACUAAAUCAAGUGAUACUCUAUAUUUCUUAGAAUCAAAUUUCAGUUCAACAUUUGAGAUUUCUCAACUUAUAAAUUCUACUUCUGGAUAACUUAUAGUUCAAAAUAUUAUAAUUAAAAAUAGUUUGAUAAUUGAUGUGAUCAAUUUAAUUGGUGGUAAACUAUUAGAAUCUAUUCAAGUCAAUUAAUUUUAAAUGUAUAAAAAUAGAUUGAUUAAUUCUACGAUAUUUGGUUUGAAAACAUUCUUUUACAUAACAUCCUUCAUUUUUACUGAAAACAAUAUAUAUAAUGGAUCAUCAAUCUUUAAUAAUUCUAAUUAUUCAACAAGAAAUUUAUAUUUUAACUAACUAAAAUUUUCAUUAAAUUUAAAUGAUAAAAAUUCUAAAUUUAUACAAAUUAAAAACAAUUAAAUUGUAAAUUAAUAUCUGUUUUUUAAUGGCUUAACUCUUUACCUUAAUUCAUUAGAUAUUAAAUCCACAUAACCCCUAUUUGAUAAGUAGGAUGAAUCCUUAAUAUUUUUGGAAGCCUAAUCAAUAUAGAUUAAUAAUCUAAUUAUAACAAGAAGUUUUGGAAUCAAAGAUAUUGUUAUAUAAAAAGGAUUAUAAUUAACAUUAAAUUAAGUUAAAAUUCUAUAAGAUAAACAAUAUUUUAUUUAAGGACUUCAUUAAUAUUUUGAUUGUAUACAAAAAAAUAUAGAAUCUAAGUAAUAUUUUACAUCAAUUUAUUUAUAUAAUAUCUAAUUUAUAAGUCUAUAAUAAAUAAUAAUAGAAUAGGUUUCAAUUAUUAAUUAUCCAAUCAUUAAUAUAUAAUCCUCAAUUGAAAUGAUCACAAUUUCUAAAGAAAUUUAUGCUUCAGAAUUAAAUUUCUAGAAUAAUUUACUAUUAAUAACAGAUUAAUUAAAACAAUCAUCCAUUUUAUAAUUAACAUCAUAAUCUGAAUAUUAAAUAACUAUUAUUAACUCAGUUAUGGAAAAGAAUUUAAUGCAUUAUUAUUAACAAAAUGAUCUCAUUAAUAAUGCAUUACUUUUGAACUUUGAUUGUUCUCAUUGUACUUUAAAACUUUCAAACAUUACAAUAAAAUCUAAUAUAGUUACUAAUUCUUCUUAAAAUGUAAUUUUACUUAAAUCAAAAACAAUAAUUAUGACAAAUAUCAUUUUCUCAUUUAAUUCAAUAUUUGAUUAUAGUAUAUUACAACCUUAUAUCUUAUGGGGAUAUAAAGAUGAUCAUGAAAUUUAUUUAGAGAACAUUAUUGAAAUCUUUCCUAUUAAAGUAUAAACUGGAAAUGCUAAAUUGGCAGGUCAGAAUAUCUAAAUUACAAAUAUAAGUGUAUCAAACUCUGUUGGUUCGGCAUUUCAUAUCUCACUUGAGAAUCAAGCUAUAUGUUUAAUAAAGAAUGCAUAAUUCUCUAAUAUAGAAUCCUUAUUUUUUGAAAAAAAUGAAAAUGGAGGUAUAAUUCAAUUUGAUACUACUCGUAUUGUUGAAGCAAAUAUAACAAUUGAAACAGUAAGAUUAAAUUAUAUAUAUUGCCGUUCUAAAGGAGGUUUUAUCUAUUUACAUAAUGGGCAAAGUAAAUUGUAAUUAUUGAUUUCGGAUAUAUUGAUGUAAGAUGUAUAUGCUCUUCAUGGGUCAAUACUUUAUUGUGAAUUUACAGUAUAAUCUAAUACAAGUAAAAUAAUAAGUUUGACAAAUCUUUAAAUAAUGAAUACACAUAUUGGUUAGUUGAGAUUCUUGAAUCAUUUUAACAAUUUAGAAGCCUCAGAAGAAUUAAAAUAGCUAAGUUAUUAAAGAUACUUAAUUUAUGUUGAUAAUGUAUAAACAAUAAAAUUAUAGAAUAUUUUAAUCAAGAAUCUAAAUUAUGAAUCAUUCCUUUAGAUUUCAAAUUUUGCUUAGUUAAUAAUAACCAAAUUAAUAAUAACAGAUUCAUUAUUUUUAAAUAUAGGUAUGUAAGUAGAUAACCAAAAUAGUAUUUCAUCAAUAUAUUUAAACAAUAUUCAAUUAAAGAACAUAUCUAUUUUAGAGAUUUUUCCAGAAAAAACUGACUGCGUGAUUUAAUAGAUAAAUCGUAUACCUUAUUAAUCUUUUUAAUGCUUAAAUGAAUCCUUUGUAAGGAUAUCUCCAAAGAGUUUACAAUAGUUCUAUGACUAGGAUCUAAUUGAUUUUUGUAUACUUUAGAAGAUGAAAAUGCAAAUGGGAAAUCAAAUAAUAAGUUUUAUUGAUAUUAUUCCUUAUAAAUCAAAUAUCACAAUUUAAGAAUUAAUAUUUUAAGAUAUAAAUUGUGAAGUUUGUGAUAAUGGAUUAUUAAACAUUAAAUUAUCUGAUAGUCAAAGUUAUUUAGAUAUUAAAUAACUCAAUAUUUAGAGAAAUAAAUGUGGGAAAUCAAGUUGUGUAAAUAUUAUAAAAAAUUAAUAAAAUUUACGUAGACUAUAAAGUAUUAUUCAAUAUGUGAAUAGCAAGAAUUAUUAAUUAAUUUUAUUAAAUUUUAUAUGCUAUUAAAAUUAUGGUUAUGAAGGUACUUGUUUAAGAAUGUAAGAUGUGACAACUUUAAUUAUUUCUUCAAUUUUUAAGAAUAACACUGCCAUAAAUAAAGGAGGUGCAAUUUUUGUUAAAGGAAAAGAAGAUUUUUAUUUAGAAUAAUCAAUAAUCUAGAGUAAUUUAGCUAAGAUUGGAGGUGGUUUAUUUAUGGCUGAUUAAAUGAAUUAAAAUAUGACAAUUUUAGGUUCAUUAGUUUCUCAUAAUGAAGCAUAACUUUAUGGGGAUGAUGCUGCAUAAAUUCCUUGUUAAUUGUUUAUUUCAGUAGACAUGAAGAAUUAUUUACCUAAAAUAAAAAUAUUAUAGACUAAUGAUUUAAUGAUAGAAUAAAUAUAAAUAAAGAAAUAUGAAGUGAUGAAAAAUGUAAUUACUGAUGUUAUUUAUUUUCCUAAUGGGUAGAAAAUAUCAGAAUAUAAAUAUUUUGAUUGGUAAAAAGCAGAAUAUAAACCAUAUAAUCUACAUUUAAGAUUAGUAGCUGUAGAUUAGUAUGGUUCUAUAAUCAAAGAUUUAGAUAAUUCUUAAUGUUCUAUUAAAAGUAGAUUACUUGAUGAUGAAUUAGAAAGACAAUUUGCAACUAAUUUUACAAAUUUAGAAAAAGUAUAAUUUGAUAAAUAAGAUUAUAAUUUAGAUAAAUUAAUAAUUUAUUUAGAUGAUGAAUUAAAUAUGACUUUAUAACUUCAAUUUAAUUGUAGUUCAAUUUUAAUACCUUAAAUUGGAUAAUAAAAAUAAAUAACUUCAUAUCAUUAGAAUUAUUAUUUGAGAAUGAAUGUAAAGACAUUACCAUGUCAAUUAGGUGAAAUUAAGAAGAUAUCAAAUAAGACAUGUAUUCCUUGUGAUCCUGAUUUAGGAUAAUAUUCAUUAGUUAUUAAUGCUUAAAGAUGUUAAAUUAAAGAUGAUAUUUCAAUAUAAGAAAUCAAAUUAGCCUAAUUAAAUUUAAGAGCAGGAUAUUGGAGACCAUACUUUCAUACUAAUUCAAUAAGUUAAUGUAUUAAUUUACUUGAAAAUUGCAUGGGAGGUUGGAAAUAAGGUGAUAAUUCAUGUUCAAUUGGACAUAUUGGGGCAUUAUGUGAAGAAUGUGAUAUAUAUGAUUUUAGAGGAUAUGGACAUUUUUCAAUAAGCGUUAAAUAUUCAUGUAGUUCAUGUAUGAAUACUUCUAAAAACAUAAUCAUAAUUCUCAUAGUCAGUAUUUGGUAAUUAUUUAAUAAGAUUUAAGGACAUUAAUUUCUAUAUUCAUUUCAGUUAAGAGUACUGUUGCUUUACUUAAUUAGAUUGGAAUUCAGAUAUAAAUGGCAAAAUUAAGGAUCAUAAAACAUUCAAAAUAGUCAUAAUCUGCAAUUUUAAUAAAAAUGUUAACUAAUCAUUUAUAGAUAUUAACAUCUAUAACUACUUUUAAAAUCAAUUUUUAAACUGGUAUAUCAAAUGCCUUAAAUUCAAUUGCCAAUCCAAUAUAAACUAUGACAUAUUCAUUAGAUUGUUUUUUAAUUUAUAUGUUUUCAGUAGAAAUUCAUUAUGCUAGGAUGAUAUGGCAAAUACUUAUGCCAUUCGUUUACAUUUUAAUAUUUUUAGGUGUAUACUUUAUUAUUGUUAAAUUUGGUAUCAUUUAAUAUCGCUUAAGUGUUAUUACUACAACAUUUAUUUAUAUAUAUAUCUACAUUUAACCUAAUUUAGUGGGAGGUUUGAUUUCAUUAAUAUCAUUUCGAUCUAUUUCUGGAUAUCAAUGGAUUCAGGCUAAUGUAGCAUAUAGAUAUGAUACAUCCUAUCAUUUUAUUUGGUUAAUGACAUUUUGUUUACCAGGAUUAUUUCUAUUUGCAUUUCUGAUUCCAUUUCUAUUUUACUUAGCCUUAUACAUUAAUAGAUAAGGAUUGAAUAAAUUAAGAAUCAGAUAAUAAUUUGGAUAUUUAUAUAAUGAAUAUAAAACAGAUGCAUUCUUUUGGGAAAUAGUUAAAAUUGUCGAAAAAGAUUUAUUGAUAAUCUUUCUAGCAUAUUAUGAUGAUAUUAUAAUUAAGAAAGGUACUUUAGUACUCCUAGUUAUUUUUGUUUAUUCAGAACUUAAUCGUAGAUUCAAACCAUAUAAAUUACUUAAUCUUAAUAAUUUAGAUAUACUUUCAGCUAAGGUUUGUAAGAUAUCUAUCAUUUUGGGAUUUGGUAUAUAUAUUGAUGAAUUAUAUGGUUCAUUAGAUAUUCAAAUUCCUUAUUUUAUUAUUUUAGCAAUCAUAAACUUAUUUUAUUUCUUUCUACUUCUCAAUGAAAUAUUAAAAUCUUACUGGAUAGAAUUAGAAGUAUAAUUUGAUAAAGUUAGAGAUAAGAUAAGAUAAAUCGUUCCUUGGAUUAUGAAACAUUCAUUUUUCAGAAAGCAUUUAGAAAAUAGUGUUUAAAGAAGGAAUCGAAUUUAGACUCGAUAUUAGAAGAUUAAGAAGUAUUUAUUUAGUUAUGCUAAACCAAUUAUUGAAUUAAAAUAUAAUAUUAAUUCCAUUUCUAAUUAAAUCAAACCAUCUAUAAGCAAUCCAUAACUAUUAUUAAAUUAGGAUUAAGUAAAGAAAUUUCCAAGUAUAUUUGAAUAUCUAAAUGAUAAUUUAUAAAGCAGAACAAGUAUUGUUAUCAGUUCAUUUUGA